AAAAGCAUCUAUCCAAACUGCACACUCUUGUAAGUUUUCAUAUGCCAGUAGUAUUAGCUAUAAAUAUGCACAAUGCAGUUCACGGGUAAACAAAAAUACAAAUUUAAGUAAAUCUAAGGAUGUGUCUUAUGUAUAUUCAGGGGAGGUUACUUUAGUUUGCCGUUCAAAAAAAUCAGGAAAACAAUCAAUAAUUCUAUGGAAAUGCUACUUAAUUAUUCAAAUAUGUUACUUAGCUGUGUUUUCAAUAUUUAAAGUUGAAUACGUGUGGUUUGCUUGGACACACAUAAGGGUUUUACAAUAUAACAUGUAUGUUUUAUAGCAUAGGAGUCUUGAAGAUUAAUGUAUACACUUUUAAAUCCAAAAACACACAGACCCACUUUAUAAAGAGGGCCAAAAUGCCCACCAUAUUCAAGCACACUUCAGAGAUAGUUUGUUGAUAAAAGUGUGCAAUCACCAAAUAGCUAUAAUGCUUUGGGGGAAUGAAAAGAUUAUUUGUUCAGACAUUGGUAUCUGUUUGUCUUACAGAUAAUAAUCAGCUUGUAGGACUUGUUAGGACUGUAGAUAUAACGUCUCAUUACCUGCUAGUGUAAAGCUGUAUAAUGAUUGAAGAUCACCCGAUAGGGCUACUGAUCUGACUACUCACACUUGCUAACUUGGGGGCCUUCUUGUUGUGCAUUUUUGGUGGCGUUAAUUUUUUCCUUGUAUGAUUUUUCAUCAUUUUGGAUUUUUAUAUAUACACUGACAUUUUGGAUUUUUAUAUAUACACUGAAGGUGGAAACUGAAUCUCUUUUCGUGAGUGUGUGGCUAGAUGAGGGAUGAUAAAAAAGCUCUUGGCAGUCGUGUUUGGUCUUCUACUGGGAUACUGGCUCAUAGAUGACUUCAACCCAGACUCAUUGAAAGGCAAGAGGGUGUUAGUCACUGGUGCCUCCACGGGCAUCGGUGAACAGUUGGCCUAUCACUAUGCCAGGCUUGGGGCCAGCGUUGUUGUAACAGCCCGCAGGGAAGAUAAAUUGAAGGAGGUAGUUGCCAAAUGCAGUGAGCUAGGCAGCUCCUCCCAGAAAUACGGCUACAUUCCCGCGGAUAUGGCUGAUCUGGAGGGCACAGAGCAUGUCAUUCAGGAGACAGUCAACAAACUUGGUGGACUGGACAUCCUUGUCCUCAACCACAUAAUUCUCCUGGACCUCGGCGUCUGGACUGGUUCGCACCACAACCUGUCACUCAUUGACAAAGUGAUGCGUGUUAACUACCAGUCUUACAUCUACCUUGCGUCGCACGCGCUACCUCAUCUGGAGAAAUCUACUGGCAGUGUUAUAGUCCUCCAUUCCAUGGCUGGGAAACUUGGACAGCCAUUUGUUUCAGCAUACUCAGGGUCAAAGUUUGCUCUUGACGGGUUCUUUGGGGGUCUUCGUCAAGAGCUGAAGCUGCGUCAAUGUGAUAUUUCAAUUACCAUCUGUGUGCUAGGGUUGAUAGGAACAGAUAAUGCUAUCAACCAACUCAAAGACUACGGGCAGAACUUUCUACUCAGCAUAGUAAAAGCAGAGUCUCCGAGUGCAACUGCGCUCGAGAUUGUAAAACAGGGUUCAAAACGAGUCCGCCAGAUGUACUACCCGUAUAUUCCGGUUUACCCAUUGAUCCUUCUACGGGACUGGUUUCCAGAGACAUGUGAAUAUGUGAAUCGUUUUGUGUACACCUUGAACUCCUAGUCGUCAUCAAAACAUGUGCUAGUUUGUUGUUUAAGUGUUAAAAGUGUUGUAAACAUCUUGCAGGUUUUGUGUUUCUAAAUGAAUUCCAAGUCAAUAACAAAUGUUGAUGUAAAAAACGAUUUAUUCAUUUAUAUGUUUUUCCUUUACUGUUAUCAUUUCUUGUUCAUGUUUAACUCUUUCAGUGCUGGAACUGAAUUUUGAAGGCCUUUGCAAACAGUUUGGAUCCAGAUGAGACGCCACAAAACGUGGCGUCUCAUCAGGAUCCAAACUUUUUGCUAUUCUGAUAGUAUUCUUUGAAAAAAAUAGAAGAAAAUGCUAAUUUUAGAAAUUCUGCAGACGACAUUUUAGCAGAGGACACAUUUCCCAGCAUGCAAAAGGUUAAGGCUAGGAAGCAUGUAAUUUAUGCACAUUUCAAAUUAUCUUCCAAGAGAAAAAAAGCUUCCAUUGUGAGGUCAAUGUACAUAAAAUUAGUUAUAUUUUUAUAGAUAAAGCAUCAUAAAAAUUAAAAAUAAUUGUUUGUUUUUAGCAUAGCAGAGAGUAUUGUGAUAGAUGUAGCAAAUUCUGGUUUCAACCUUUUUUUAUUUAGAGACUAAGUUGUUGACAGCUUAAACUGUAAGACUCUUUCAGUUUCUGGUGUUAUGUGGAUUUAUUAUAGUUUUUAUAGGGUUUGUAGUUUUCAUAAGAAGUUUAUUUUUUUAUGCCCCCCCCCCCCCCCCCCCCCGAUUAAAUGAUCGGGGGUAUAUUGCGAUUAAAUGAUCUGGGGUAUAUUGUUUUUGGCCUGUCUGCCAUUGUGUGUCUGUCACAAACUUUAGCCUUGGUUAAACUUUUGCAAUAACUUUUGCAAUAUUGAAUAUAGCAACUUUAUAUUUGGCAUGCAUGUGUAUCUCAUAGAGCUGCACAUUUUAAGUGGUGAAAGGUCAAAGGUCAAAUAUAUGCUUCAAAGCACAGUAGGGGGCAUUGUGUUUCAGAAACACAGCUCUUGUUUAUUUAUUUGUUGCAGCAUUACUUUUAUUAUCAUUUUAUUAAUUUAGUUUAUUGUAUUCGUUUUAAAAUGUGUAAUUUUAAUAUUAAACUAUUGCAGUAAAUGCAUAUUAUUAGGAACAUGUGCAAGUAUUUUUUUGGUUAUGUUACAGUAUUAAUUUAUAUGCUCGACUUUGAUGACUGUAUGUCUGUUCGUACAGGAGUGUGAAGACUGCACUACAAAAAUUCCUGUCUCAGCAAUAACUUAAUGCAAACCAUCAUAAAAUAACAUAGCGUGUCACUUGUAAACCAGCCUCUCUACACAAAGGUCAAGGUCACACUUAUAAAUCCAAGAUCAAAUAUAGCCGUAUAGCAACUGAUUUGGACUGUGACUUUGCCAUUAUUCAUGCAAAUUUAAAAAAAAUGUAGCAAUGACCACAAUGAGGAGGUGGAUUGUCAUAUGACUUAUAUCAUUGUCUCCCGACCUUAAAGGUCAAGGUAUCUCUAAGAGAUCAAAAUUCUAAAAGCUUUUAUUUGUUCAUAAGUUGAUUUUAGAGAUGACAAUGGAAUGUUGGGAUGUAAGUGGCCUAUGGACACAUGUCUUGUUUUGUUCAUAUUAAGCACUUUAAUUGUAUAUGUUCAUAUUUUUGCUUAUAUAUAUAGGGACCUGUUUGCAAGAUUACAAAUAUUCUGCCUGUAGAUUCUAAAAAGAAAUUAUUUCAUACAACAAAGCGAUAAAAAAACUUCAUGACUUAGAAAUAGCUUAGAGAUAAUAAACAGCUUUUAUUUGAUAAUUUCCAAAAACGAGUGCUAGCAAAGCAGAAAUGUAUCUAUUAUCACUCAUGAAAAAAGAUAUGAUCUUCUACUAAAAUUGAGUAAUAUUAUUCACUGUUAGAAAGCAAAGUGAGCUUAAAUUAAUUUUAAUCUGUUUUCCAAGGUCUCUGUCCUUAUUUUAUUUCACUUCUGAUAUGUGCCAAAACUGCUCUUUACCUCACAUCAUUUUUUUAUUAUGAUCAGAAUAAUAAGUUGCACUUGUUUGCUAUAAAGGUUCUGGUUUAAUUCAUAGUAAACAUUGCAUGUUUAAGAUAUUAACAUGUUACAAUGAAAUUGUUUUGAUACACUUUAAUAUGCAAAAAGUUACAACAGAGUCUAUACAUUCUUCACUAGAUCAAAUAACAACACAAUUUUAAAUACUGUUAACAGAGAUGGAUUUUUAGAAUGAUAAAAAUUAUUGAAAUUGAUUUUAUUAUUUAUCAUUAUGAACUGAUUAGAUUUUGACAUGUUCAGUUAGUAAAUUGUCAUGCUUAUGAUAAUAAUAUAAAUUCUUGAUGAAAGAAAUCCGUUUUUACAAAAGAAUGUGUUGAUGUUUUGAAAUGUGUAUUUUAUCGGCCUUGGUUAUUGUUAAUUCCAACAGUGAAAAGGGAAAUUCUAAUAACAUGAAAAUUUAACCACACAUAUUUUAAAAUGUAUUGUCAAUUUUAAAAUGUUUAUCUCAAUUCAAAAUUGUAUUAUUUGUAAUGACUAAUGUUAUUGAAUCAUACUACUUGUAGACUAGUAGUGUUUUAUAAUUGUGAAGCAUCUGGAACCCUAGUCCCCAAAUAUCUUUAGCUCUUUCAGUGCUGGAACCGAGUUUUGAAGGCCUUUGCAAACAGUUUGGAGCCAGAUGAUACACUUCAGAACGUGGCGUCUCAUCUGGAUCCAAACUGUUUGCUAUUCUGAUAGUAUUCUUUGGAAAAAAAAUCGAAGAAAAUGCUAAUUUUAGAAAUUCAGCAGACAACAUAUUAGCACACGGCAAAUUUCCCAUAAAACAUUAAACAUAAAACAUGAUGAUACCUCUGGAGUAUAUCUUGCAACUUUACAUGUUUCUUUUGUAGCUUUCUAUAGAACUAAUGCCUUUUUUUAGUUUUUUAAGCACAUUGUAUUAUUUUCAAUGGACUGUUGAUUUAAAAAAGAAAAUAUUUUUGGUAGAUUGUCAUUUAAAACAAAAAGAGUUAUUUUCAGAUAUAUUUGACAUGGUAGUAGUAACAAAAGUAUUUGUUUAUGCUGUUUCUUGUCAGCCUUAACUGACAUUUAAAUUUUGUCAUUUUUCGGACAGCCAUCAUUAACAUGUUGUUAUACGAAAAAGAAAUAUUUAACAAAAAUGUAAUGGGAUGUCAUAAAGCUUUUAAAGUCUAACACUGCAUGACAAUUUAUGACGGAUUUAUUACAAAGUUUUAAAAUAUUGAAAUGUUUCUCUUUUUUGUUCAGUUUGAUUUAUGCAGACUUUUUUUAAUUGUAAUAGAUUUAAUUUGAAUAUAUAAACAUAAAACUGUUCCAAGUGGCUAUAUAUAUAAAGUGAAUAGACAAUAAUAAAAAAAUGAAAGAAAAAGUUUAAUUUUCACCGUUCCUCAACUUUUAAGUUUGUAAGAAAUUUAUUGCAAAUGAAAAUGUUGUUAUGUUUAUUUUGGUAAUUUAGCAUUAGUUAUAGUGUUAUGAAUCAAAAUAGAAUAUAAGAGUACGUCAAGGGUUGUGUUAAAGAACAAAAAGUAGACUGUUAACGACAAAUAGAGUGUAAAAAAAGAAAUCCACAUUUGUUAAGAUCCAACAAAUCAAAUAUCUCUGAAUAUACUGUUUAUUUAUAAAUAUUUGAACAAAUUUGUCAGAUUGAUCGAAUCCAUUUAAAGGUAAAAUCACAAGCCAACGAAGGCCAGCAUAAUGUGUUACAUUUGCCUGAAUCUUACUUUCAAAGUGUGCAUUUUGCCCAUAACACUCAUAAAUUGUGUAUUAAUUACUAUGGCUUCUGAAUAUUUACAAAAGUUUGUAUUUGUCUUUAAGGAAGAAUUUAACUUAGAUUACAUGUACAAGGUGUUUGGGAGUCUGGAUCGAGUAGUCGAAAGCCAACAUUUGUUAAAGGGGCAUAUCAAUGGCAAAUAUUUAACUAUAAGAUUAUAUUCUGAUAAGUAUUUAUUAAAUUAUUACUUGACAUAACGGUGUCAUUUUUGUGUAAAUUAACCUACAACUUUUUAUUUUGAUAAAUCAGUAGUAUAUUUAGUUAAAAAAGGAAUGUACUUAAAAUUUAGGUAUAAUCAUUUGCACAGUAGGCAUUAGUUUGAAACCAACUGGAACCGUGAAUCAAAAUUAAGCUCAUGCAUUAUCAAAUGAGCUGCGUUCUGAGAAAAUUGGGCUAAAUGCAUGUGCGUAAAGUGUUGCACAGGCUAAUCAGGAAUGACUCUUUCCGCCUUUACUGGAUUUUCUUGUAGAAGAGACUUCCUUUAUACGAAAAAUACCAUUAAAGCAGAAAGUGUCGUCCCUGAUUAGCCUGUGUGGACUGCACAGGCUAAUGUGGGACGACACUUUACACACAUGCAUUUUUCCCAAUUUUUACAGAACAAGACACAAAUGUGUGCAACACAAUACCAUAAACAUCAUAUUGCAACUGAAUACAUCUAUGUCCACAAACAUAUAAAAUGCGCUUUGUUAUCCCCACGCUUUUCGGAGAAAAAGUGGGGAUAUUGUGGUUAUCUCCGUCUUCCGUCCGUCCGUCCUGGCCACUAUCUCCUCCUACACUAUAACACUAGAACCUUGAAACGUACACACAUGGUAGCUAUGAGCAUAUGUGCGACCCUGCACUAUUUGGAAUUUUGAUCUGACCCCUGGGUCAAAAGUUAUGGGGGUUGGGGUGGGGCCGGGUCAGAGAUUUUUACUCAUUUUUUAAAGUUAUUUUACUAUAAUUUCUUCAUUUCUACACAGAUUGUCUUCAAAUUGAUACUGAACCUCUCUUAUGACAAUACGGUCAAUCUCAACUAUGCAUGGCCCCAUUACCAACCCUGGGGCGCCCUGCCCACAUAGGCCACGCCUACCCAAAAUUGCCUUUUACUAUAAUUUCUUCAUUUCUACACCGAUUCACUUCAAUUUGAUACUGAACCUCUCAUAUGACAAUACGGUUAAUCUCAACUAUGCAUGGCCCCAUUACCAACCCUGGGGCGCCCCGCCCACAUUGGCCACGCCCACCCAAAAUUGCCUUUUACUAUAAUUUCUUCAUUUCUACACAGAUUCACUUCAAAUUGAUACUGAACCUCUUUUAUGACAAUACAGUCAAUCUCAACUAUGCAUUGCCCCAUUACCAACCCUUGGAUGCCCCACCCACAUUGGUCACGCCCACCCAAAAUUGCCUUUUACUAUAAUUUCUUCAUUUCUACACCGAUUUACUUCAAAUUGAUACUGAACCUCUCUCAUGACAAUACGGUCAAUCUCAACUAUGUAUGGCCCCAUUACCAACCCUGGGGCACCCUGCCCACAUAGGCCACGCCCACCCAAAAUUGCCUUUUACUAUAAUUUCUUCAUUUCUUCACGGAUUCACUUUAAAUUGAUACUGAACUUCUCUUAUGACAAUACGGUCAAUCUCAACUAUGCAUGGCCCCAUUACCAACCCUGGGGCACCCCUGGGUCAAACAUGCGGCGUGGGGAUACGCGUCAGCCUCUGCAGCGCCAUUUCUAGUUUAAUACGAGUCUAUACUCACAUAAUGUACGGUCAAUAUGCCCCUUUACCGAAUUUUUGUUUAAGAUUUUCUGUGGUCUAAAUAUUUUGUUAAACUUUGACAAAUUUGUGCUGUGUUAUUUGUACGUUAGUGGAGUUUUGUGGAGAUAUAAGCAAUAUUUAUUGUUGUAUUAUGAUAAUUAUGUUAAUUUUACAUUAAUUAUGAAAUUAGUGUAAUUAUGCAGGAAAUAAAUGUUAUCAAACCGUAA